AUGAAGGCAAUCAACCAGAAGUUCCCCAAGGCCGAUGCCAAGGCGUGGGCGAGCCGCCAGUAUAUGACGGAAGCAACGGUCGCGUUGCGUACGGUCUCGGUGAUUGCCCGUGGCGUGCCGUGGGCGCUCAUCGACAACCUCGAACCAGAGGAACUGGCGAAGGAGUUGUCCGCAGUGAACAAUAUCAACGUUGUCAUAGCGAAGGCAUUCCGGAGGAAGCACGGGAGCGAGAGGGGUUCUCUCCUCCUGGAAGUUCCUACUGCAGACGAUGGAGUUCAUCUCACUAGCGACUCCCUCCUCUGGAUGGGCAACGCAUUCUAUUGUGAACCUUUCGAGCGUGACGAAAUCCCGCAACAGUGCUACAACUGCUGGGAGUACGGUCAUCUGCGUAGCUACUGCCCCAAGGAGAAAGAGGCACGCUGCCCUCGCUGCGCCGAGAAGAGACACCCGGGUAGGACAAUGAAGGAUGCCGAAGCCGAUUGCCCCUCCAACCAACAACCCAACCUCGUGAAGUGCUUACCUUGCAACCGCAAAGGACACUUUGCAUUCUCUCGCGAUUGCCCGCUUGUAAAAGCGGCGCUCGGUCGCUCCUCCACGGCGUUCAUGGAACGCCCACGCAUAUUCGCCCAGCGGGCAGAACCGGUAUCAAUGGGCAACACAUGA